UCAUGCAGCAGAGCAAAAAUAGGCGCGCCUAUAUGCCGUCGACACAGCGCCUUGGCAUUCUGUGAUGUCAUCAAAACGCGCCCUACAGAAAGCUCUUUAAGCGUGGAAGAGUUUGACUGCAGUCGGCAAAAAUGUCCCGUCGAUAUGAUUCAAGAACUACUAUCUUCUCACCGGAGGGGCGUCUGUAUCAGGUUGAGUAUGCCAUGGAAGCCAUCGGCCACGCCGGCACCUGUCUGGGAAUUUUAGCCAAUGACGGAGUGCUGCUGGCUGCUGAGAGGAGGAACAUUCACAAGCUGCUGGAUGAAGUGUUUUUCUCAGAGAAAAUCUACAAGCUGAACGAAGACAUGGCGUGCAGCGUUGCAGGAAUCACAUCAGAUGCCAACGUACUGACCAAUGAGCUGAGGCUUAUAGCCCAGAGGUACCUGCUGCAGUACCAGGAGCCAAUCCCCUGCGAGCAGCUGGUCACAGCUUUGUGUGACAUCAAGCAGGCCUACACGCAGUUUGGAGGAAAGCGUCCCUUUGGAGUCUCGCUGCUCUACAUGGGCUGGGACAAACACUACGGCUUCCAGCUCUACCAGAGUGACCCCAGUGGAAACUACGGAGGCUGGAAGGCCACCUGCAUCGGGAACAACAGUGCUGCGGCCGUCUCCAUGCUGAAGCAGGACUUCAAAGAGGGAGAGAUGACACUCUCCGCAGCCCUUGCUCUCGCCGUUAAAGUUCUCAAUAAAACCAUGGACGUCAGUAAGCUGUCUGCAGAGAAAGUGGAGAUCGCCACUCUGACCCGCGAGAACGGCAAGACCUGCAUCAAAGUGCUGAAGGUGAAGGAAGUGGACGAGCUGAUCAAGAAGCACGAAGCAGAGGAGGCCAAAGCCGAGAAGGACAAGAAAGAGAAGGAGCAGAAAGAGAAGGACAAGUAAUCUCUCUGCCCUACACUUUGUUGAGUUUUGUGUGUGAGAAUGAAUGGGAGUUUUGAGGUAUGUUUGCAUUUGUGUUUCUUAAAAUAAAUCCAGAUGGUGAAAUAUUAA